GGUCCUCGCCCAGCUGCCUCCGAGUCCCCGCUGAAGCGGCGGGAGCAGGAGAGUCCGCGUCCCGCCGCUAUGAGCGCGGCCGGGCUGGUGUCUCCCGCGCCCCCGGCCCCUGUCCCGGUGGGGCUGACCCCCGCCGCGCUGCCCGCCGGCCCCGAGUACUACGAGGAGGAGGAGCUGGAGAGCGCCGAGGAGGAGGACGGCGAGCGCAGCGGCCGGGCCCGGGACUCCGACGAGGAUACUGAGGAUGCCAGUGAAACUGACUUAGCAAAGCAUGAUGAAGAGGACUAUGUAGAAAUGAAAGAACAGAUGUAUCAGGACAAACUGGCAUCUCUUAAGAGGCAGUUACAACAAUUGCAGGAAGGUACUUUGCAAGAAUAUCAAAAAAGAAUGAAAAAACUGGAUCAGCAAUACAAGGAACGGAUACGGAAUGCAGAACUUUUCCUCCAGUUGGAAACAGAGCAGGUGGAGAGAAAUUAUAUCAAAGAGAAGAAGGCAGCAGUGAAGGAGUUCGAAGAUAAGAAAAUUGAGUUGAAGGAAAAUCUGAUUGCUGAAUUAGAAGAGAAGAAGAAGAUGAUAGAGAAUGAAAAACUAACCAUGGAGCUAACAGGAGAUUCCAUGGAAGUGAAACCUAUCAUGACAAGGAAAUUGAGAAGGAGGCCGAAUGACCCUGUUCCGAUCCCGGAUAAGAGGAGAAAACCUGCCCCUGCUCAGUUAAAUUAUCUGCUGACAGAUGAACAGAUAAUGGAGGAUCUGAGGACACUGAAUAAGCUUAAAUCACCGAAGAGACCAGCAUCUCCUUCAUCUCCAGAACACCUACCAGCCACACUUGCAGAGUCUCCGGCACAGCGGUUUGAGGCUCGGAUUGAAGAUGGCAAACUCUACUAUGAUAAAAGAUGGUACCACAAGAGCCAGGCUAUUUACCUGGAGUCAAAAGAGAACACUAAGAUCAGCUGUGUGAUCAGCUCUGUAGGAGCCAACGAGAUCUGGGUGAGGAAGACCAGUGACAGCACAAAAAUGAGGAUCUAUCUCGGACAGCUACAGCGAGGGGUUUUUGUGAUCCGUCGGCGAUCAGCUGCGUGACUGUCUGACUCUUCCUUGAUUUUUCUUUUUUAAAAAAGAACCCUCUUACAGGGAAUAGCAGGCUGUCCACCCAGCCAUAGCAACAGAGAUGCUGUUAUGGCCUCCUGAGAGACUGUUUGUGGCUGGCCACAUCAUCCCCAUAGUCCUUAAGUCUCUAGUGACACGCAAGCACAGCCCUGGAGCGCUGGACUUUGCCGUAAAGCCUCUCUGAGCUUUUUCAUAUUUCUAGAGACUAUAUAUUUAAGAAGACUCUGCAUCAUAUUUUCUCAUCUUUUUAUCUUUGUACCGUGAAGCGUGUGUGUACAUGGACAACAACAAAGUUUUUGAAUUGAGGGGGAGCCCAGCUAUUUUCCUUGUUGAAAGCUAGCUCUGUUUUUUCUGCAAAGCUUAGGGUGCUGAGCAGAAGGAGACUAAUCCAACUAGCUUUGUCUGUAACGACAUGACAUCAGUUCUUUUGGAUGAGCUGUUGAAAGAUUUGCCCAUGCAAUGAGGAUUUUUUAGGAAAGUGUGAAAAGUGUUCUGGAAACCUGUAACAUGCUGAUGUUCCAGUUGAUUUUAACCUGGUUAAACACAGUCAUACUUGGUGAAUCCAAAGCUUCCUUUCUCUUCACAUUAAAAACCCUUCAGAUGAACAAA